AUGCAAAGGCACCCCCUCCCCUCCGCAGCCUCAGCAUCCCUCCAGGCCGCCGUCCCCCUCUCGCUCUCUCAUCGGCGUACGACCCCGCGCCCUAUCCCAUCAGCCGACGCGCCCGCAGAGGACGAAGAGGACAUACACGAUCCUCGACCGUGGGAGUCUUUGAAGCAUCCGAGGACGUACGGCUCUGCGCCCAACUCGUCGCAUUCUACGCAUCCAAGCCUAGGGCUCAGUUCGGAUCGGGAUACGGGGCAUCUGCCGAUGUUCCAUACGGACGAGAAUGAGGCGAGACGGCGUGUGGGAGCUCAGCCGCAGGUGUAUGGCGAGAAGGAGGGGCUGAACGGGGCAGGGGAGAAGCAGGGCUUGAUGGAUGAGGAUGUGUCGGGAAAGUGGGGGAAGCCGCAUGGUGCUGGACCUGGAGUGGGGGGGAGAAGAGGAUUACCACCAAGGCAGAGGCUAUCAGGAUGGCAAGGAAUCUACGCCGAGUACGAGGAAUGGAUCUGGGCAGCCGUAUACACCAUUCUAUCCAUGAUCACCCGGUUCUGGCGGAUCGGAGCUGCCAACUAUGUAGUCUGGGACGAAGCGCACUUUGGCAAAUUCGGCUCUCACUACAUCAACCGCGACUUCUACUUUGACGUCCACCCACCACUCGGCAAGAUGCUGGUCGGUCUCGCCGGACUCCUAUCAGGCUAUAACGGGGGAUUCGAGUUCAAGUCAGGCGUCGAAUACCCCGCCGACUUGCCUCAUACGACUAUGCGGGUCAUGCUCGCUUCGUUCGGGGUAGCACUGGUCCCCAUUGCCUGGUUCACCGCCGGCGAGAUGGGCUGGAGCAGAUUCACACGGCACUGGGUGACUAUCUGUGUGCUAUGUGACAUCGGAUGGCUCUGCAUCUCCCGGUUCAUCCUCCUCGACUCGAUGCUCCUCUUCUUCACCUUCACCACCACCCUCGGACUCGUCAAAUUCCACAAUCAGCGGCAUGAGGCGUUCGGGGAUGAUUGGUGGAUGUGGCUGAUCUUCACUGGAUGGAGUAUCGGCUGCGUCUGCUCAGUCAAGUGGGUCGGCAUGUUCGCUAUGGCCAUGGUUGGGGUGUAUACCGUGGAAGAUCUCUGGGAGAAGUUUGGGGAUCUCAAAAUGCCUCUGCGAACAUAUAUCAAACACUGGAUGGCCCGUAUCUCUGCCCUCAUCAUCCUCCCCUUCCUCGUCUACGCCGCUUGCUUCAAGAUCCACUUCCUCAUCUUGAACCGAUCCGGGCCGGGCGACGCCCAAAUGUCCUCGCUCUUCCAGGCCCACCUGCGCGGAAUCGACUUUGCCGAAUCUCCCUUGGAAAUCGCCUACGGCUCGAAAGUUACGCUCAAGAACUACGGGUAUGGAGGUGGUCUGCUCCACUCGCAUGUCCAGACCAUGCCCGUCGGGAGUCAGCAACAACAGAUCACCUGCUACCACUACAAGGACGACAACAACCACUGGCGGAUCACACCGACGUGGGGCGCCGACCCGGUCGAUCCGGACGGACCGGUCAAGUUCUUGCUUGAUGGCGAUACCAUCCGACUGGUACAUACGUCAACGGGCCGCAAUUUGCACUCGCACGUCAUUGCGGCGCCGGUCACGAAGGAGCACUGGGAGGUGUCGGGGUACGGAAACGAGACGAUUGGGGAUGAGGGGGAUCAUUGGGUCGUCGAGGUGGUAGACGACACCCAUCGCUCUCGGUCAGAUGCGAAGGACGGGCGGGUACAUUCCCUGACGACUCGGAUGCGGUUCCGGCACAAGCUGCUGAAUUGCUAUCUGAGAGCAGCGAACUCGGUGCUGCCCCAGUGGGGGUUCAAGCAGGUCGAGGUGACUUGCGACAAGGAGAACAACCCGAAGGACAUUCAUACCUACUGGAAUGUCGAGUCUCACUGGAACGAGCGACUACCCGCUGGCUCGGCAAAACUCUACAAAUCCCCCUUCUGGCGCGACUUCCUCCACCUCAAUGUCGCCAUGUGGACCUCCAACAACGCCCUCGUCCCCGACCCAGACAAGGACGAUAUCCUCGCUUCUCUCCCAACGGACUGGCCAUUCCUUAACCUCGGUCUCCGGAUGUGCGGAUGGGGCGACAAUCAGAUCAAGUUCUACCUCCUUGGAACACCGAUCAUCUGGUGGUUUUCCUCCAUCGCGCUCGUGCUGGGCAUGGGAAUGACGGGGUGGUAUAUCCUGAGAAUGCAGAGGGGUUACAAGGACUGGAAAGUCGGAGAGUGGGAAGACUGGACGCAUGUUGGGAAGGUGGCCUUUGCGGGCUGGGCGUUCCACUACUUGCCGUUCUUGAUCAUGGGCCGAGUCACCUAUCUGCACCACUACCUCCCUACGCUCUGGUUCGCAGUCCUCAUUGCCGGUCACGUCUUGGACCACCUCUUCUUUGGCAACCCGCGCGACAACCGACCACAAUCAAGACGACUCGCUUGGUUCGUUGUUUGGACGCUGGCGGUCGUGGUCAACUUCUGGUGGUUCAAGGAUUUGGCGUUGGGGGUGCAUGGGAACAUCAACGACCACAAGGGAUGGAAGUGGCGGUCAAGCUGGAAUAUCUACAACUGA